AUGGCGGACAAGAACAACCUUGAAAUUACUGCCCCUAAUUUGCAGGCGUCAUUUGCUCUCUUGAGCAAGUACAGGAAUCAAACGAAGCGUCUGAGAAAUGGUAAAGAGGAGGAGGAUGAGCCUAGCCAGCCGCGUCGUCUUCAAAUGGCUGAAGCAUUAUCUGCAGUAACCAUCGUCAAAAUGGCUCUUCUAUACCACUCCACAUCUCUAAACACGGGUGAUUCUUCCAAUCUUGCAAAAUCAGUUGGUAUUUCUAAUGAGAGUGAAAAUCAUUUGAAGCAUGUUUUGAGGCUUCUCGAUGCUGCCGAGAAGCUGUCGAACCAAGAGUAUGAUGAAGCAGAGGAGCUGCUGCUGUCUGUCCUCUCCUCAGGUCCUCUUCCUAUAGACAGACUCAUCACUUGCUAUGCUGGAUAUUUAAGGGAAAGAAUUGAUGUAAAGAAACGCAGAAUCGAUUUGGAGAGAGAGGUAAAUCACUUCGAUUUGGAAGAAGCAAUGAUAGAUCUCAAAGCUGCUAUGUUUGGUUGUGAGCAGAAAUUCCCCCUCCUUCAGAUCUCAAACUACGCCGCAAUCCAGACCAUUUUAGACAGUUUGGCAUCCGCAGAAAAGAUCCACUUGAUCGACAUCGGUAGGAAGCUCUGCUCCUACUGGAUAGUGAUGAUGCACGCUCUAGCCAACCGCAAAAACUGCCAACUGAAGCAGCUCAAGAUCACUGCAGUCUGCACACCUAUGUAUGAUGUAACAGGAAGAGGGGAGCUGCUGUCAUCUAUUGCAGAGUCGAUGAACCUCCCUUUCGUGUUCAAAAUGUUGUACGAAGAAGAGAAGGUGCUCGAGAAGGUUGGUUUGGAGUGCGAGGCCGGCGAAAAAGUGGCGGUUUACAUGGAUCACAGCCUGCACUGUUUAUCAGCUUGCCCCAAGAAUGUGGAAGGCUUACUAAGAGGCCUCAAAAGGCUGAAUCCUCACGUGAUGGUAGUGAUUGAUGUGGAGGAGAGUUUCCCAACUGCAACUUUCAGCCAGCGAUUCAGAGGGGCGCUGUGUAUCUCAAGCGCCGUUGUGGACUGCAUAGAGAGGUGCGUGCAAGGCGACAGGCGUUACACCGAGAUCAUCGAGAAAGUGCACUUCGAGGAGACAAUAUGCAACGGCGUGAUGAGCGAGGAUGCAGGUGGGGAGAGCUUUAGCCAUCGGCGUAGGAUUGAUUUCUGGAGGGAAUAUUUCGCGAGAUUUGGGAUAAUGGAGAGAGAGAUGAGCGAGGGGGCUAUAUGUCAGGCGCGGGUGAUGAUGGGGGAGAGGCCGUGCUGGAGCAGCUGCAGUCUCAGCAUCAAUGGGAAAAGCAUCAUCCUUUGCUGGAAAGGAAUCCCACUGCGCUUCGUAUCUGCAUGGAACUUCCACCAAGACAACACUGUAUCGUAG